UGUGAGUUUCUGUUUAGUCAAGCAGACAAUGAGAAACAGAUUCCAUCUGGCUUCAUGCGAUGUCAUACUGUUAUGGUCCUUCCAUCAUAUCUGCAAUUCUGUUUGCUUUUGUACGAGGUGGGAAAAAAAUGCAUUUCUUGAGACGGUUGUUAAUUUUCUGCUGAUAUUUCCAUGCAGAUUGGAGCAGAGGUGAUGUCCUUGGGAAAGAUCGCAUGCCCCAUUGUUUUGACAACACUGCUUAUAUUCUCCAGGUCUAUCAUUUCUAUGCUCUUCUUGAGUCACCUUGGCAGAGUAGAGUUAGCCGGGGGAUCCCUGGCGAUAGCAUUUAGCAACAUCUCAGGCCAAUCUCUCAUCAAAGGCCUAGUAUUGGGGAUGGAUCCAAUCUGUGGACAAGCAUAUGGAGCCAAGAGGUGGUCAGUUCUAAGCCAAACCUACAUGAAAACAACAUGUCUCCUCUUCCUUGUAUCCAUACCCAUGAUUCUUCUAUGGCUAAACAUUGAACCCCUCUUUCUAUUCUUAGGUCAAGACUCAGAUAUUGUUAGAAUUGCCAAAGUUUACCUUGCUUUCUCGAUCCCCGAAUUGCUGGCUCAAGCUGUCCAUAACCCAUUGAGGACCUUUCUUAGAAUACAAGGCUUAUCUUCAGCUCUUACGGUAGCUGCAGGAUGUGCGCUCGUCCUCCACCUUCCAAUCAACUACUUUUUUGUCAUACAUCUGAAAUUGGGUGCGAAAGGUGUUGCGCUGGCUAUGGCUUGUAAUACAAUAAAUUUGAACAUAGGCUUGCUGAUUUAUGUACUGGCAUCAAAAAAUUCGAUAAAACCCUGGCACGGGGUUACAAUUGCCUCAAUCUUACAGGGGUGGUGGCCAUUACUGUCUCUGGCAGUGCCUAGCUGCCUUUCUGUAUGCUUGGAAUGGUGGUGGUAUGAAAUAAUAAUAUUUCUCUGCGGCUUACUUGAAAAUCCAGAGGCUUGCCUUGCAGCGAUGGGCAUUCUUAUUCAAUCAGAAGGCAUCUUGUAUGUCUUCCCAUAUGCAAUUAGUUGCAGUAUAUCAACACGCAUCAGCCAUGCAUUAGGUGCUAACCAGCCAUCUCGAGCAAAAUGGUCUGCCAUAAUUGGGCUUGCUAUGGCAAUUGGUUUUGGACUAACAAUCUCAGUCUUAUUGGUAGCCCUGAAAUCAGUGUGGGGAAAAUUGUACACCAAUGAACAACAAGUUCUUGAUCUAGUAACAGCUGCACUUCCAAUCAUAGGGUUCUGUGAAAUUGGCAACUCACCACAAACAGCUGCCUGUGGGGUCUUAACAGGGACUGCACGCCCUAAAGAUGGUGCCCGCAUCAAUUUAUGUGCCUUCUACAUCAUUGGGCUGCCAGUAUCCGUCCUUGCGACUUUCAAGUUCAAAUUUGGUUUCCCAGGGCUAUGGUUUGGGCUUCUAGCAGCACAGUUUUCCUGUGUGUGCAUGAUGGGGUACGUAUUGGUUCAUACAGAUUGGAGGCACCAGGCUAAGAGGGCUGAUCAGCUGACUUUAGCUGCAGGAGGUGGGGAUGAUUUGGAGAGCUCACUCUUAACAAAUCCCUGAGUCUGCGAGCGUUAGGCUGGUCCUUUUGGAACA